AUUAGACAUAAUUCGCUACACCCUCUUUCUGCAUAGCAACAUACAUAAGCUGCUUCUUCUUCUUCUUUUUUCAACAGAGAAUCAAAACUGGAAAUUAAUCUUUUUUCUUCUUCGUAGAAUAAUUUCCUUCCUAGUAGUAUGUCGUAUUUCAUACGAAGAUCACAACCUAGGAUCACUACCACCUUCUCCUCGUUUCUAUACAAACUUGUCGGAAACUUGUCUCAAUCGCAUCCCAUAAUUCCUUCACCAACCUUAUUUUCUUGUCGCCAUUCCAUUCCAUUUUUCUCUUCAAGGAACGGUUACUCUCACGGGCUAUCUCCCACCCGGGCUCGCUUUUGGGCCUCUCAGCCCGCCGCCGCUGAACCCUCAACCUCCGAUGGGCUCACAGUCCAACAAAUUCUAGCCAACAAUUGGCCCAUUCUCGACGAAAACGACAGCGAUUGGAAGAGUCAUGCCAUGGCUAUAGCUCAAUCUAUUCAUUUGAUCAAACGCAGGUUACAGUGGAAGAAAUUGAAGGUUAGGUUGGAUAUGUUAUCAGCUCAGUUGAAUAAGGAAGAUCUUUGGGAUGAUCCUGUACUUGCAGGUAAAAUAAACCGGGAGCAUGGUUCGCUUCUUGGGAAAAUGAAAGAGGUGAAUGGAUUGGAGGAAGAGUUACUUGAACAUAUUGAAAUGAUAAAGCUUGCUCGCGAAGAGAAUGAUGCAGAAUUGGAAUUGGAAUCAAUGAAAGCAUUGCUUAACAUGAGAAGAAAUGCAAAAGAGAAAGAGCUAGAGGCAUUGCUGGCUGACGAGCAAGAUUCUUGUUCUUGCUACAUUGAGGUUCAGGCUGGGGCUGGGGGUACCGAAAGCAUGGACUGGGCUGCAAUGAUCAUGGAGAUGUAUAAAUUAUGGGCCCAACGACGUGGAUAUAAAGUUACUGUAAUGGAAGAAAUGCGUGGUGAGAUUGCAGGAAUCAAGCGAGCUACAAUCAAAGUAGAUGGUGAAUUUGCAUUUGGAUAUGCCAAAGCAGAAAUAGGAGUCCACAGGCUGGUGCGCAUAUCACCGUUUGACAGUAACAAGCGCCGGCAUACUUCAUUUGCUGCUGUUGCAGUUAUUCCAAACCUCGGUGAAGCAUCUUCUCGUGUACAGAUUAAUGAAUCUGAUCUUCGAAUUGAACGAUUUCGCUCUAGUGGUGCUGGUGGACAGCAUGCUAAUACUACUGAGAGUGCUGUAAAAAUAACUCAUAUUCCUACUGGAGUUACUGCAACUUGUCAGAAUGAAAGGUCGCAACAUCAGAAUAAGGCUUCAGCAAUGGCUGUGCUUCAGUCAAGAUUAAACCAGCUGGAGAUGGCACGCCAGGCGCAGCUGAAUGCCCAGCAUACACAAUCCUUCACUGACAUAACCUGGGGUAGUCAGAUUCGUAGUUAUGUUCUCCAUCCUUACCGAAUGGUGAAAGAUCUCAGAACUAACUACGAGGUUUCAGAUCCUGACUCUGUCCUUCAGGGAGACCUAGACGGUUUCAUCAUGAGCUAUCUAUCAGCUUCCUUAGAUAAAAAUGAAGAUGAUGCUUAAAUUAAUUAAACUGCCAGUUUAUGUUGGCACCGGCACAGUGCAUGUUUUUGUGCUCAAAUGGAUAUGUGUUUCGCAUUUUUAACGGUUUUGCACAGGUGAAGUUCACCGUCAUACAGUUGCUAUCACAUCAAGGUAUACUAGUGUACAAGGAGUCAAGGAUACAUGUUUGCCUUCCUAUGGGUAUUUUCACGGUCAUAAAUAAUUGAGUAUCUACAAUUAAAUACGGAAGCACGAAGCUCAAAAGCUUGAUUGAUUAUAAGGGCUUGCACUGCCCAAAUAACUUCUCAGCGACCUAUGCUGCGGCUGCUCAUGAUUCAUGUGCUUUAUGAUUCAUUUGUAUAUUGUAUAUUAAUAACUGUAGAUGGUAUUUGACAUUUAGAUUUUUUUUCUUCUCCUGAUAAAAGAUACAGACAGUACCUGUUUUGCUAACUCUGCUCAAGGAAUAAUGGCAGCGGAUAAAUUUUUGUAAUUUAUUUUUAUGAAUGAACACGACUCAUUCUUA